AUGGCUGCGCCAAUCAUCCGGCGAGCGCUCCUUUAUGUGCCUGGGUCCUCGAAGAAGAUGCUCGACAAAUCCCGCGGCCUGAAUGUCGACUGCGUGGCCUACGAUCUUGAAGACUCCGUAACGCCGGGCAAGAAAGCAGAAGCGCGGUCGAACCUGCGGCAAUUGCUUGAACAGCCGCGUGUAGAGGGCAUAAGGGAGCAAGCCGUGCGAAUUAAUUCUGUAGACAGUGGGCUGGCGCUUGAUGACCUUACUGAAGUUCUCAAAGCCCCUAAUCUUGACGCCCUCGUAAUCCCCAAAGUAAACUCCGCCUCCGACCUGCACUUCAUAACCGACGUAAUCCGGCACACCCUUCCCCACCGACACCCCUCCACCGCCACGUCCUCGCCCAACACCCCACCCCCCCUCCGCCUAAUCGCGCUCAUCGAGUCCGCCCGCGCAAUUGUCGACCUCGCCUCCAUCUGCCGCGCCUCCCCCUACCUAAGCGGUCUAAUCUUCGCCGCCGAAGACUUCGCCCUCGACCUUAGCAUAACCCGUACACCCUCUCUCUCCGAGUUCCUCUACGCACGAAGCUCUAUCGUAACCGCAUGCCGCGCGCACGACCUUCCCUCCGCCAUCGACCUCGUCUGCACCUCUUUCCGCGGAGACGAGGGCCUACGCGCUCUCGAGGAAGAGUGUCUAGGUGGGAAGCGGCUCGGCUUCAACGGCAAGCAGCUGAUCCACCCGAGUCAGGUGGAGGUGUGCCAGCGGGCUUUUUCGCCGGGGGAGGAGGAGGCGAGUUGGGCGGUGCGGGUUGUGGUGGCGGAUGAGAAGGCCGAGAAGCUGGGACGGGGCGCGUGGACGCUUGAUGGGAAGAUGAUUGAUGCGCCGGUUGUCGGUAAGGCGAGGGCGAUUGUUAGGAAGGCUGAGUUGUGUGGGAUGGAUGUGGGGGCGUUGAGGGAGAAGUGGAAGGGGCAGGAGCCGGAGUGA